UUUUUUUUUUCUGACAUUUUCCCCCUGUCACAUACAUGCUAAAAACUGUUCAGAAGCUACAGAAAAUCCAGAAGCAUUUCUGUGAGAAGACCGAUAACACCACGAUGGAGGAAACAUCAGAAAAGGUUCCUCUUGAGGCUUACAGUGAUAUAAUGUGUGUGAAACCCCGAGGGUACAAUCGACUCAAGAGAACAGCGAUUGCAGCCUUCAUCGCUGGAGCUGUACUGCUGCUGUUCGGAGGCAUCGGAGCUUUUUACCUGUGGAAAGCCACAGAAAAAGAAGUGAUCAGUGCUUACUACAGUAAAAACAUAAAUAUAAAGAUGAUAGAAGAUGAUUCCUUGGAGGUUAACUCAGAAAACAAUCAGAAAACUAUGGAAGUUCGUGACUUUAAAGCUGGCAUUACAGCAGUAAAGUUUCCUGGAGGAGAGAAGUGCUACAUCAUGUCACAAGUCAGAUCCAAACUUUCUGAGGAGAAAGACAUUAUGACAGUAAAGCCUGAUGUGGAUUCUCUGGUUCCAUCUGAAGAACCUUUGAAGGACCAGAGUUUUCUGAGCCCUGAAAUACUGAGAUUCUGUGGAGAUCUUCCGGUUUACUGGCAGUACCCUGCCACACCAAGGGCAUUACGGAAGAGAAGACAUGUGACACGAGUGAGACGACAGUCUGAAGGGGAAUCAAACCAAAGACAGUCGAGACGCAAAAAUACGGCAAAACUAGUCAAAGAGGAGGAAGAUGUGCCGACGGAGUCAUCAGGACCCGCUUAUAACCCCGAAAACCCUUAUCACCAAAGUCAGGGGGGUGAGGAGAGCAUGACCUUUGAUCCCAUGUUGGACCAUCGUGGGAUCUGUUGUACAGAAUGCCAGCGCAGUCAUACCCACUGCCAGAGGGUUUGUGAACCACUCGGUGGUACUUGGCAGUAUCCUUACAACUUUCACGGCUGUCGGGUGGUCUGCAGGAUCAUAAUGCCCUGCCGCUGGUGGGCGGCUCGCACACUGGGUCUUGUGUAAAGGUCUUGUUAUUCCAUAUGGCCCACUGUCUGCCAAUUAAAGCCUACAUGAAAUCAAAAUUCACCCUAUUUACUUUCUUAAUGCAUGUUCCUGGUGUUAUAGUGCAUGAUUUGUCAGUCCUCAUUAUUCCAAUUAAAAACAAAUGUUAUCUUUGUAAUCUUUUGUAAAAAUAUAUAAUAACUUUUCUCCAUGUCUCCAAUCCAUCUUAUUCCAUCCCAUCGCCUCCAACCACGUGUCUUCAUUCUAGGUAUAAAACGCACUUUUUUUAUGAUCCAAUCACAUCACGAUGGAUAAAAUCAAGCCAUUCUUUUUGCUGUUGUUGAAGAUCCUGAUUCACUCUGAAAUAUGUCAGAUUACGUAAGUAAAAUAGGUUGCAAGCGAUGUUUCAUAUUGACUUUAAAAGCAGAAUUGUUUUUAAGCUACAGUGAGGUGUUUCCAACUAAAGGACAUAGCUUAAACCAACGAUGUAAACAUUUAUGAAACAAAUGUCAGACAUGGGUGUUUUUUAUGCUUUUUCAAUUUACAAAUAAACAUAUACAGUACCUAGCAAAUGUAGCUAAUAUGUAUUUUUGAAUAACAGACACAUAUUUAUAAAUGUAUACAUUUUUAAAGGAGAAAUAGCAGCACAAACAGAUGUUCAAUCAGUUACAACACACAUAACAACAUUAGCUAAUCCAAUGUCAUUGGGGCAGGGCGAUCUGUUUGUUCAACCAAUGGAAGACAGAUGUCAUGUUUGAAACUUGUUUGGGAAAAGUCAUUAUUUUUGAUAUUCUGUUUGGUGCUGCAAGGUGGUGCAGAAAUUACACCCUUAAAGCUGAAGUGUGUCAUUUUUAUGCACUACUAGCAUCACCAAACAGAACUGCAAAAGUAAACAUUGUUUUCAAAUAGCUUUCCGAAUACGCCCCCAAGUAUUUGAAAAUUGGACAUAAAAACAAAGAUACAAGACUGUGUACUUACCGUCUUUUAUGAGGGCACAAACUACAAUCUCAUGAAGCUUUGCGAAUGAUGUCAUUGAAUAAAAAAUGAUGGGAAUGUAUAUAACUGUUGAUUUUAGGUUGUUGAUUAUAAGUAUAGACACAAAAUAUUUUAGGUUUAUUGCAAAAUAUUCAGAUAUGUACAAAUAUACACCGAUCAGCCACAACAUUAAAACCACCUGCCUAAUA